CUCUUUAUCACUCCAUCUUCCCCUUCCAAUCACGCUCUCUUCCCCUCUCUCUCUCUCUCCUCGUCGUCGAGUCACGUCGAUCGGAGAAAUGAGUAAGAAACCGGAAGAAGAUCCUUACGUUCGCGAUCCAGAGAAGCCAUUCUCCCUCGCGGAUUUCGAGAUCGGGAGACCGUUAGGUAAAGGCAAAUUCGGCAGAGUCUAUCUCGCUCGCGAAGUCAAGAGCCACUUCGUGGUGGCGUUGAAAGUGAUAUUCAAGGAACAGAUCGAGAAAUACAAACUCCACCACCAGCUAAGGAGAGAGAUGGAGAUCCAAACGAGCCUAAGGCACCCGAACAUCCUCCGCCUCUUCGGCUGGUUCGACGACGACGAGCGGAUCUUCUUGAUCCUCGAGUACGCUCACGGCGGUGAGCUCUACGGUCUCCUCAAAGAGAACGGUCAUCUCACCGAACAACAAGCCGCCACUUACAUUUCAAGUCUUAGUCAAGCACUGGCUUAUUGUCAUGGAAAGUGUGUGAUUCACAGAGAUAUCAAACCUGAAAACCUUUUGCUUGAUCAUGAGGGAAGGUUGAAGAUUGCUGAUUUUGGGUGGUCAGUGCAGUCGAGUAACAAGAGGAAGACAAUGUGUGGGACUUUAGAUUACUUAGCACCUGAGAUGGUUGAGAACAAAGAUCACGAUCAUGCUGUUGAUAACUGGACUUUAGGGAUACUGUGUUACGAGUUUCUCUAUGGUAACCCUCCCUUUGAAGCCGAGAGUCAGAAAGAUACGUUCAAGAGAAUUGUUAAGGUCGAUCUGAGUUUUCCUGAUAAUCCAAAUGUCUCAGCAGAAGCUAAGAAUCUAAUCAGUCAGCUUCUUGUUAAGGAUCCUUCCAAAAGACUCUCUCUUACGAAGAUCAUGCAACACCCGUGGAUCGUCAAGAACGCAGAUCCUAAAGGUGUGUGCCUCAUUUGAAGUGUGCUUAUUAUAUGUAAUCUAACGUUGUGGGAAGAAAGUCUUAGAAGUUCAGAGAACGCACAUUUUCUUGAUGUAUGUUUGUCUCA